AUGCCGUGUGGGUCAGGCCUGGUCUUCAAGAAAUCGAGUCCCAACUGCAAGCUCACCGUCUAUCUGGGGAAGCGGGACUUCGUGGAUCACCUGGACCGGGUGGAUCCCGUGGAUGGCGUGGUGCUGGUGGACCCUGAGUACCUGAAGGAUCGGAAAGUGUUUGUGACGCUGACCUGCGCCUUCCGCUAUGGGCGCGAGGACCUGGACGUGCUGGGCCUGUCGUUCCGCAAGGACCUGUUCUCUGCCACCUGCCAGGCCGUGCCCCCCCUGCCCGAGGAGCGGCGCCCCCCCACCCGCCUACAGGAGCGGCUGCUGCGCAAGCUAGGGGCCAACGCCCACCCCUUCGCCUUCACGGUGAGCCCCCCGGAACCCAGGAGUCCUGGCUCCCAGCCCCCUGCUCUAACCCACCAGCCCCCACUCCCCUCUCCGAGCUGGGGAGAGAACCCAGGAGUCCGGCGGGCUCUGAUUCCUGUCCCCCCCAGGAACUCGGUGCGGCUGGUGAUCCGGAAGGUGCAGUACGCGCCCGAGAAGCCGGGCCCCCAGCCCAUGGCCGAGACCACCCGGCACUUCCUCAUGUCGGAUCGCUCCCUGCACCUGGAGGCCUCGCUGGACAAGGAGCUGUAUUACCACGGGGAGCCCAUCAGCGUGAACGUGCACGUGACCAACAACUCCAGCAAGAGCGUGAAGAAGAUCAAGGUUUCGGUGCGGCAAUACGCAGACAUCUGCCUCUUCAGCACAGCCCAGUACAAGUGUCCGGUGGCCCAGACCGAGCAAGAUGACCAGGUGUCGCCGAGCUCCACGUUCUGCCGCGUUUACACCCUGACGCCGCUGCUCAGCCAGAACCGGGAGAAGCGGGGCCUGGCGCUGGACGGGAAACUCAAACAUGAGGACACCAACCUGGCCUCCAGCACCAUAGUCAAGGAGGGGGCGAACAAGGAGGUGCUGGGGAUUCUGGUCUCGUACCGGGUGAAGGUGAAGCUGGUUGUAUCGCGGGGGGGCGAUGUGUCUGUGGAGCUGCCCUUCGUGCUAAUGCACCCCGAGCCCCCCGAGGCAUUUGCACCAGCACGGCCCCAGAGCCCUCCUCCUUAACGCCCUGUCCGUCCCCCUCUGCCCCCCAGCUACGGCCAGGACGACGACAUAGUCUUCGAGGAUUUCGCCCGCCUGCGGCUCAAGGGGGGAGUCAAGGACGACCAGGACGACGAACGUUUCUGAGGGCGGCGGGAGGGAGCGGGGCUGCUGCCCCCUCCCUGCAGCAGAGCUGGGGCCUUGCCCCUGGUAGGGGGCAGUGGAUUUUAACUGUAUCUGUCUGGGCUUUUUAAUGCUGCCCCCCCCCUUGCUGAGGGGAGCCCCCACUAAGUCCCCCAUCUUACUGUUGUACAGGGGGGCCCCCAGAACCAGGGUCUGGCUUUUAAAUGUCAUUAACUUGGGGGUCCCCCUGCCCCCAGAGAUUUUAACUGUGGCUCCCCUGCUGAGCUCUGGAAGGGGGAAUCCCCCUGCUGCUGUGGGGACAAUUUCCCCCCCCCUCUCCUCCCCCCUCCCCCCAGUGAAAAGCACUGGAUUCCUCUCUGGGCAUUAUUGCUGCUUCAACGCCGGGGCCCUGCUCAACCAUCCAUGGAUUUUUAAAGCUGUUUUCAGCCGGGGUGGGUCCCUGCCCCCCUGUCCGCUCCAGGGGCCCCUGACUGGGGGGGGGAGGGGGGUGUCAGGACCUAGCGCCCCCUCUUGGUGGGGGCCUGCAGAUGCUCGUGCUGUGGGUCGGGGAUUUUGGUUUCUUGUGGCUGUUGCGCUGUAGCCGUGUGUGGGGCGGGUGGGGGCUCUCACAGAGCACUGGGGACAAGUAAAGACCAUAUCAACUGG